AAAUUUUUUUGCAUGUUAUUAAUUUAAAAUAAAGGAUUUUAAGCAAAACGGUGUUGAUAUUUGUGAACAUCAUUUUGCAUAAGCUUCGUAGACUUGAAAUAUAUAUUUUGCACGUCCAAGAUGAGGGACUCUGCACAUGAGAUUAGUAUGGAUACAUGGGAGCAGUGGAUUCUUGAGGCGAUCUCAAAGAUCAGAUCGCAAAAGCAAAGGCCAAGCGUACAAAGGAUAUGCCAGGCCAUCGGUACUCAUCAUAAAUUCCACGAAGAUAUUGUCGCCGAGCAGCUGGAAAAAGCCGUGGAGUCUGGAGCUGUGAUUAAGGUGUACAACAAGGGACUGCACUCAUAUAAGGCGCCCAUGGCGAAAAGGAAGAUCAAAGUGGAUAAAAGCACUAAUCUCUGCAAAAUGGUUGCAAAGGCUGUCCACGAUUUGGGUGAAUGUGAAGGUUCCACAAUAAAGAACAUCGAGAACUAUAUACAAAAAUUCAAUUGUAUCGAUCUCUCACCGAAUGUUGACUUUAAAACCGUAAUCAAGACGUCUAUCAAAAAAGCAGUAGAUGCCGGAUUUCUUAUACAAGAGGGGAAACUUUACAAGAAAGGAAAAUCUCUCACAACACCAAGGAAAUGUGUACCACAAGUGGAGACAAUAAUCAAAGGCGAAGAAACGUGCACACAUUGCUCGGGAAAUUCACAGAAAAAUCUAAAUGGCAUUCCAGAACCAUUGAGUUCCUGCAAGCAAUGUGGCAUAUCCCUGCAUACAACCUGCGCCAAUAUCGCUGGCAAAUGCAAAUCCCAAUCUUAUGUUCUGCUCUAUAUGCUUGUUACCAAGGGAUCCCUCUGGGAUUGCCAGAACUGUGCGGAAUGCUCGGUAUGCAAAAUGCACAAUCGUGGACCUUGUCUCUUGCAGUGUUUUGUUUGCAAGGAUCACUUUCAUUUAACCUGCCUGGACACCAUACCCGACAAGAAACCCAAACAUCCUUACAGAUGCAAAUCAUGUCUUAAACAAAAUCUGGACAAUCCCAAGACAUUUAGAAAGGAUAACUCUAAAAUAAAAGUCGAGAUGGAAAAUGAUAGAUAUGCUGAUUAUGAUAAAGGCUACAACAACUCCCAGAGACGCCAAACAAUUAAAAAUGAGUCCACCAUUGAUCGACCCUCAACCUCUAAAUUAUGUAUCUAUAAUGACGGCAUUAAACCGAAACGCAAAGCUUUGGGAACAACAUCUAAAAAGUUGAAUGAAAUAUACGCAAAUCAAAUGGAACAAAUGACACCCCCGCAACAGAAACAGAAUAGAAUAAAUACUAUGCAAAAGGCUGGUGGUGGUGGCUAUAUUGCCAGCCAUGAGAAUCGGAAACGUACAUUUUCCGAUCUGUCAUCAUCGAGUUCAUCCAGCGACAGCGAAGAUGACGAUGAUGAUGACGAUGAUAGGAAUAAUGGUUGUGACGACAAUGAUCAAGAUGAGAGCACAUCAUCGGAUUCAUGCACUUCAUCCAGUUCAGAUUCGGAUUCCAGCGACAGUUCAAGCGACAGCUCAGAGGAAUGUGAUGAUGAGAAUGAUGAAGAGGAGGAGGAUUAUGACACGGAUAGAAGCACAUUGAAGGGAAAAUUCUUUGACAAUGAUAAGAAAAGUGCUAAAUCGCAUGCAAAUGCAAAGGGUAGCAACUCGCACGAUAAUGCUGAAUUAACCAAUGAGAAUUGGGGAUUUGCUGCUGUGGCCAAAAAUCCAGUUGAUAUUUUUACCAAAUCCAAGGAUAAAGGAGUUGGUGGUGGCUAUGGUAAUAGUAAAACAACAAGCGAUAACUGUUUGAUGUCACCAAGGACAAUUAAGGACCAGAAAGGUGUACCAAAGGGCUGUGCUCUUAAUAACAAUGAUGAUAAAAAUGUUUCACAGUUCUCUUUAGGUCCUAAACAACAACAACAACAGCAGCAGCAACAACAUCAUCAUCAACAACAACAACAACAACAACAAACAACUACAACUACAACAACCCAAAAAAAGAAAAUAAUGCCACUAAAAUCAAUGCCAUUGGCAUCCUCAGCUAAAACCUUCGAUAAGAACGAUGAUGAUAUUCCUUAUCUUACCGAAGAAACUGUCCUCAAAUGUCAAAUGAUUGAAGAAAUGGAACGUUGUCGUGAACGCAAGAAGGAUGAUGUCGAUGUAAAUCCAGAUAAAGAAGAAGAAAACUUUGCCACGGAAAAAGAAAAUUAUUCCAAUCCAUUUGAUAAUCAACAUCUACCACCAUGCGUUAAUCGAAGCGAUGUUGAGUUAUAUCAAGAAGUGCUGAAAAAGGCAGUCAUACAAGUAUCCAAAAAUGACUCUGAUAAAGUCAAUGAAAUAUGUAAAAAAGAUACAAAUCAAAGCCCAAAAUCAAUUGAAAUUGGAAAGUGGAACAUUGAGACGUGGUAUUCGAGUCCGUUUCCACAGGAAUAUGCAAGGCUGCUGAAACUUUACUUGUGUGAAUUCUGCUUAAAAUAUACCAAAAGUCGCUCUGUUUUGGAUAGACAUCAAAAUAAAUGCAUAUGGAAACAGCCGCCGGGUACAGAAAUCUUUCGUCAAGGAGAUAUUUCCGUUUUUGAAGUCGAUGGAAACGUUAAUAAGAUCUAUUGCCAAAAUCUUUGCUUGCUGGCCAAAUUCUUCUUGGACCACAAAACGCUUUACUACGAUGUCGAACCGUUUUUAUUUUACAUUUUAACCAAGAACGAUCAAAGUGGCUGUCAUUUGGUGGGUUAUUUUUCCAAGGAGAAGCAUUGUACACAAAAAUAUAAUGUCUCCUGUAUACUUACGAUGCCCCAAUAUCAGAGACAAGGAUAUGGAAGAUUUUUAAUCGAUUUCAGUUAUUUACUGAGUCGUGAGGAAGGUCAAUUGGGUACACCAGAGAAACCCCUAUCGGAUCUUGGUCGUUUGUCGUAUUUCUCGUAUUGGAAGUCCAUUGUUUUGGAAUAUUUGUAUAAAUAUAGAAAUAUGCCAAAAAUUACAUUCAAAGAUAUUGCUGUUAAGACGGGAUUAGCUGUAUCCGAUAUUGCCUUGGCAUUCGAACUAUUGAAUUUUAUAAAGCUAAGAAAAAAUGAUGGUGAUAUACGAUAUCAGAUCAAUGUCAAUAUUGAUUGGAAGAAAGUGAUAAGCCAUCAUGAGCGCGUGAGCAAUAGUAAGAGCCGAAUUGUAAUCGAGGCCGAUUGCCUUCGAUGGAGCCCGCUGAUGUCGUCCUUGAAAUCGCCCAAUAAUAGCAUAAAACCCAUAUCCAAUCGGGAAUAUCUAAGCGAUCAAUUUGGCAAGAAUACGGAAACAAAGUUAAAUAAUGAAAUCAAUAAAAUUGAACCGCCAGCAAUUCCGACUAAUUCCAAUGGAGAAAAACCGAAAACCAAUGGAGACUGCAGCAGUAAAAUGAAUAGCUCAAACUCUGAAAAAAUGGAAGUUACGGAAACUAUAAGCUCUGGCAGAAAACGCUCCAUAAAUACUGAUACGCCGGCAGCGACUAAACCAAUUUCGAAUGUUUGUAAAAAGAGAAAAUUAGUUCUUGAACCGCAACCCACCGUGGAUGAAAAUUCAGAUUCCUCGGACUGCAGACCAUCGAAGAAGUGCACAACGGAAACGAAUGUUGCUCAACAUAUACUAACGAAACGUGCUCAACGUUUGGCCAAACGUAAUGACCAUCUAAUCCCUCAUACAAAUAAGAGAAAACACUUUCACCGUGAACUCUUUGAUGGCAAUUCGAAUGAAGUUGCUGAUGAUCUGCCAAUGCACAGCAACGAACCGCAGCCCAUGGAUGACACUGAAACUGUGGACACUGAAAAAUCUGUGCCGGUGCAGGACACCGUUCACAAGAAAGAGACGACUGGCCAGGCCAUUGUGGAAAAAGAAGUCAACGACAAUAAGCCAGUUAAUAUUGUUCCAAAACUAAGGGGCAAGCAAUCGAAUGGCAAACGUUCAGAGGAUUGUGAAAUUCCAAAAGAUGUGAAGAAAGAUGUUCAACAAAUUGAAACUGAAAAGACAUUUCCAGGCGAAGAACCAAAAAAGGAAGUAAAAACUAAACCCCCGACUACUACAACCAUAGCCGCACAAGAAGAAAAAACAGUCAAAUUGAUGGAAACUGAAACGCAGGAGAAAGAAAUUCCGAGUUGUAGUAGCAGUAGUAAAAAUGAAAUGGUUUUGGAUGCAGCCGUGGCAAAGAAAACUAAGAAAACUGUCUUCUCCGAUAUUACGGCCUAUAAUGCUGCUACUCCCGACAACAACAACAGUUUGGUUCAACAUAAUAAAACACAAAAUUCGGUUGAUUCUGUUGUAGAACCCAAAACUGCAACGACUUUACCCACUACCAAGUCGGAACCGAAAAAUGAAGUUAAACAUGAAAUUCAAAUACCUAAACCAGUUCCUGCAGAAACAACAAAUCCUCCCGUAGUUGCAUCUCCACCUAAGAAAGAGGAACCACCAGCAUUGGCUAAACAGGAUAUUAUUGAUGAUGAUGAUGAUGAUGCUAAAAUGGAUAUAGAACCACCAACAAUACCAUCAUUACCAGUACCACCACCAACAAAAUUGGAGCAAUCAAUUGUUGAUGAAGUGAAAACUAAACUCACAGAGCCAAUCACAGUUAAGGAACAAUUGCCGCCCAUGCCACCUGCCCCAGUUAUUGCCACUAAAGUGGAUCCAAAGCUGGAGGAGAUUUCAACCAAUAUUAGUCAGAAAGAAGUUCAUGUCGAGAAACGUGAAGCGGUAGUGAUUCCGCCUCCAAUGGCUAAGCCCAAUAAACAGGAAGUUAUACCAGUUUCUACUGAGAAUCAAAUAAUUGAUAUACCUAAAGUAAAUAUUCUUAAGGAAAGUCCAGUCAUAGAAAAGCAAGAACAGCCAACUAAGCAGCAGCAGCAACAUCAGCAGCAGCAGCAGCAACAGCAGCAGCAACAACCACAGCAACAGCAGCAGCAGCAACAACAACAAACACAACAACAACAUCUUCCCAAAGAUAUUCCAACUGAAGUUAAAACCAAAUUGAACAAAAAACUCAGCCAAUCAGCCGAAUUUGUUACUGUGAAACCAGAAACUGGCAUCGUUUUAGAUAAAAAACCAGACAUUAAUCAUUCAGCUAAACUAAAUACUAUGCCUGACAGAGAGAUGCCAACGAAGCAACAGCCACCAAUUAUUAAUCAGUUGACACAAAUCAAGGAUGAGGAUAAAACAACAAAUGCCACAAAUGCGCGGUCGGCAGCUGUAGCUGCAGCAGCACCGCCGUCGGCGCCUCCAAGAGAGAAACAUCAACUGAAGGGCAAUGAGCAUACUCAAUUGCAAAAUCCUAUACCAUCACAGUUUCCCAUAAAUCAAAUGCCCAACUAUCAUACAUCUCAGUAUUGGCAAUGGGAUUACUAUAGCUACAAUCUCUCUCAAUUGGAUGCAUCGCAAAAGGGGCAAAAGCAUUUCCACAAAGAUCUAGCCACCACAAUGGCCUCCUAUACGCAUAAUUUUACCCAGAAUCUUUAUCAAUCAGCCACCAAUUUGGCCAUGCAACAUGCUCAUCAUCAUCAAAUGCAGCAAACGAAAGAGAAACAUAAAAUCGACCGUAAAGCAAGUGGCAAAAAGGAAGAUCAAUCCAAGAACAAUGUGGCGGCCAGUGUUAGUGCGGCGUCGACAUCGUCGGCCAAUGCCGGCAGAGAAGAUACACCACAUCCACAGUCCAAUUGUAAUGAGUACAGCGCCGCUGCAGCCGUCGCCGCCGCGCAACAAUCGGCAAUUUAUAAUCAAAAGUGUACAGCAGCAGCUCAACAAAAGCAACAACAACAAAUGAAAUCUUUAAAUGCUGCCUCCAAUACACAAAAUACAAGUGGUGGUGGUGGUGGUGUACCCAGGCAGACGAACUCCAAUCCGAUUGAACCGUCCGUUUUACUAUCCAAUGCAAUCACUCAUCAAUCGUCCACAGUGUCUUCCAAGCAGCCAAACAAUAAGCAAGAGCAGAAUGUUAAUGCAACGGCAACAAGUAAAAUAAAAAUCUGUCAUCCGACUAUACAAAAUGCAGCUGCAUCAUCUGCUGGCGGCGGCGGUGGUGGUGGUGGUCAACAUUCAAACAUGCAAGUUGCUGGUCAACCUGACAUUAACACCAAUUUAGUAUACAGCUCCGAGUCGACGACAAAUGCGACAAAUGUCCAGCAUUACGAUUGCGGUAUUAAUUCAGUGCAAAUUGGCAUGGAUUCACCAUCGACCAUUGGUUCGGAUCAGAUAAGCUCCGCACCCAAUGUCCAUAUGCAUCAAUCGCAUCGACAGUUCUCCGAUUGCUCAAUGCAAAAUCAACCUGCUACCACGCCAAUGCACAUGUCCAUACAGAAUUCGCAUAUGCAGCAGCAACAGAACGCCAUAAAUAUGAAUUUAGCUUCCGAGGGAACACAGAAUGUCAACUUGAUCAAUAGUGCGCAACAGCAUCAACAUCAGAACCGUAAACUAAAUGCUCAGCAAACGGAUAUUGUGGCCAAUUCGCCAACAGCUACACAUCGGGCCACCACACCCAAACGAAUACGAAGUGGAAAUAGUGGUCAACAGCGUGACAGCAGCAAGAAUGGAUCAUCUGCGACAUCGGCAGCUGCAAACACUCACCAUCAACUGCCACAGGGUGGUGGAGGCUCUGCGGCAAAUAUUUCGAAAUCGCAACAGGAAUCCCUACAUAAUUUGCAAUUCACCACUCAGUUGAGCGGUCAACAUGGUCAUCAACAGAAUAUGCAACCAUUGGAUUAUUUACCAAUAUCACAAAUAAGUCAAAAUUUCUCUUCAAAUCCGCCCAAUUAUGAUAUCGUUGGAAUGCCCGCGGUUAUUCAACAAAGAAUGUCCCUAAAUAGUUCGGUGCAUUCGCUGGCCAAUAGUCAUCAGCGUAUAGAGCAACCAUCGUCGGCGUGUGCUGUAAAUAAUUUCUAUUUGCAAAACAAUAUGCCAGCCAAUGAGAAUAUAUCGAAUGCAUCACGUGUUCCGCCAGUCUCCACAUCUUUGGGUCCGCCAUCAACAACUGCCAAUAAUGAUCAGAGACAGACAAGCCAUGAAUCGAUAUCGGCAUCAAAUAGCACGGGCACAACAUCAUCUCUGGUGGGCAAUCUUUGCAGUUUGUCCAAGCUUCAGCAGUUAACCAAUUGUCUAGAGACUCAGCCAUGUAAUACUUCGCCUGGAGCUCAGGUGAAUUUGACACCAUCUCCGCAUCAUCCCAUUCCCCCCAAUUCGAUGACACCGCCGCCGCACUUGCUAAUGCAGAACAGAAAUAUUUCUACGCCACCGAAUAUGUUGCAGACACAAGUCGCACCGUUGCAGUAUCACAAAUAUUAUCCGAGCAACAUGAAUAUAGCUCCCAUAGCAUCGACUCAGAAUACAAGUAGAAAUACACGUAAUACUCCCUCGGCGCCAGUGCAGCAUUCCUCAUCUUCGAUGAGUGGGGCCAAUAAUCGCACGGCAAAUGUUCACAUCAGUCCCAAUCUAAUGGCUCCAUAUGGUGCAAUCAAUAGCUACCGCAUGCCACCGCAGCAAUCGCCUCCCGCUGGUGGCUAUAGCUCGGGUGGUGAAUAUCCGAACUCUCAACUUCCAAUGCAAAUGGGCGUUAUGAAUAUGCAAUCUCAAUAUCAAGAUGCCUGUGUCUUACAAAGAGCCACCCAAUCGAAUGCAAUGUAUCCAACGUAUUCACCAUAUUUACCCCUUAAUAGUUCCAUUCGAAGGUAAAUGGAAAGAAACCCCCAAUAGAGGAUCCAUGCAAAUCUUUGCCCAAUAAUAUAUCCCUUGAUUGGAAAGGGAACUAAUAAAAUUAUCUUAAGAAUUUUCACACUCGACUUACAUUCGGUAUGCCACACACACACACACACAAACACACACUUAAUAAGAAGAAAUGUAAUGUAUAUGUUAUUGUCUUAGGAUUAAGUUUAUGAAUUUAAUAAUAUACAUACAUGUUGUAAAUAUUUUAUGUCAAUUAUCAAAUCAAAUAUACAGAAAAUAAUAAGAUACUUUUUGUAUGAAA